UUUUACGGAAGCGUAAUGCGAAUCGCAUAAAUUUAAGUUUUAAUCAAUGUUCAAUAAACCUAUUCAUCCGGAACCUUAUGAUAAGUGUACAAAGAUUUGUAUGAACUAAUCAACAGUCCAAAAUAGUAUUAAUGAUGAGGUGAUAAGAAGCAGUUAUCAAAGUAAAAAAGAAGAAAUCGUUUUUCUUGAGAACUGCUCGAACGCAAAACUUGAUUAAUUAAUCAAUUGUGUUCGAGUGUGUGGCGAUGGCGAUAUGCGAAUGAAUACAUUCUUGAAUACAUUUUUCCCUCUUUAGAAGUCCGUAACAUUCUGCAUCGUAAAACCAUUUGAAUAAAACAAUUAGCAAGUGGGCCCUCCGCUGUAUAGGGUUGUUCAAACAAGCAUAACUCAUCGAAGAAGUGAGCUCACUUCCGCCCAUAAUUGAAAACAACCCUCCGGGCCAAUAAAUACAUGUGCUAUGUUUAAUAAGCAAGUGCCAUCGUCGGCGGGACGCGUCGUCGUCGUCGUGUCCAAGCCAAGUCAGUGAGUUGAAGCGCCGCGCAAUGAAUCUUAAUUGGGCAGUUAAUACUUGCAUAAUGGAUCGACUGAACACCAGCAGUGUUGACUAGCAGUAUCAGAGCAGAUCGAAAGAGUUGCGUGCGACGACGACUUGUUUUAGCAAUGCUGACCAUCGCAUCACCAAGUUGCAGUUGAGUUGAGGCGCAGUUUGAAGCAUACCAACAUCCGUCAAUUGUGUUUAAAAAGUCAAAGUGUUUGGGUAGCAAAAUGAACUGGCGCUAUCGAUUGAUUGGUGGAAUGUUGGUGGUCUUACUGCUGGUGGUGGACUUUAGCUGUGGCUCGUCGGAACUUGAGGACUCCGAGCAGGAUGGUGUCACGUGGGCCGGGUUGAACAAUGCGACAGAUAUCUUCACAUGCUGCUCAGAUGUUGAUGGUUCAUGCAAAGUGGCCUGCGAAAGCCUCUCCCUGGUCAAACUGGGCGCCGAUUCCAACGCCAAAGGCUGGAAGCUGCACGACCUCCGGAGUAACUGCGCCCCCACGUUGACUCCUUUCUGGGACUGCAUCAACACCACGCUUGGUUCCGUCCAACGGGGCAUCAACUGGCCCGGUCGUCUGUGCUGCUCCCUCGGAAUGUCCCCCAGGUGCCAGAACGCAUGUGCCAUCGCGGCGAACCAGACCGAACUGGCCAUCGGUUGUCGGCACAGCGACGAACAGCGACUGUACGGGUGCGUCCAGCGCCAGGAAGUCGGCGACAGUUGCUGUGCGACGGCCAGGACGUCGGAGUGUCUGCAGGCUUGCAAGGAUAUAUUUCGGACGAAUCAAACGCCGAAUCGGCAGCAGCGGGACCUGUUGCAGAGCACGUGCAGCAACAAUAAUUCCAACAUUUUGCUGUGUAUCAAGGAGUACAUUGAAGUUACGGAGAAUACCAACUUGAAGCACUAUCUUCCUUGCUGCGACCACACCCCAAACACCGAGUGCCGAAAGGCGUGUCGCGACACGCUCCAGGACGGUAGCUUCACCGAGGAGGAAACCCUCGACAUCCUCCAAAACUCCGGCUGUGGCGUUCCGCUGCCGCACGAUCCACUGUGGAAGUGUUUUUUCUCUUCCGGCAAGAAGCGGGUGGCGCCGGUUAAUUCGAAUGAAAUUUCUCGGAUUAAUCAGGUUGGGAUGGACUCGGCCAAGCUGCACUGCUGUCUGAAGGCCAAUUCGACGCGGUGUCGACGGUUCUGCAUUGCGACGUACUCGAACGAGUGGACUACUAAUUUGGCGGAGUUUGAGUUUAGCUGCCUGUUUACGAACGAGGAGUACGGCUUGAAGCAGUGCGUUGAUGAAGUCGACGAACCUUGCGAGCUGGGCUGUGACGGCCUGUCCUACUGCAGCAACUUCAACAACCGCCCAACGGAGCUGUUCCGAAGCUGCCGUUCCCAGUCGGACAACGCGGCCCGAAGCGACGUGGAGCAGUGGCGCGAACAACAACUCGUAAAUCUGCCCGGAGUCAACCUCCCAAUCCGGAACAUCAGCGAGUGCUCCAUCGAAACCUGGAAGUCGAUAGCCUGCCUGCUCCAGGUUAAACCGUGCACCCGGAACUUUCACACGAACCAAAUCUGCCGGGACGAUUGCUACGAAGUCCUCGGGAACUGUGUCGACUGGAACCGAAUGGUUCCGAAGCAGUCCGUAGCCUCGCUCUGUCAGCUGUUCUCCCCGGAGGACUCCAGCGAAGCGGAAUGUGUUUCGUUGAAGCGGUUCCUCGUACCGAGCGACAUUCCACACCGGAAUUCCGACUUGGCUCUGGUGUCGCCUUGCAGAGGCAAUCCCUGCGGUUCAAACCAGAUUUGUGUCGUUAAACGCGAUGGAACCAUCGGCUACACCUGCGUCAACGGUUGCCCUUUGGGGGAAGCCGCAGCGUACCUGGUUCCGGAAGGAACCUUCGUCCGGAUUCCAGUAUCCGUAACCCUGAAAGGAUGUCUAAAGGUCUGUCGAUGUGGCCCAAACGGUCGUAUCGAAAAGUGCCAACCCCUGCCCUGUAUCAGCUACGACUCCUGCGUCCUCGCUGGCAAGCGCUUCCAGCAUCUUUCGUUCUUCUACGUGGAGUGCAACAUCUGCAGUUGCUUCGCCGGGGAAAUCACCUGCACGAAGAAGCAGUGCCGCGUGCCCGGAAUAACCUUCAACCGGUCGUUCACCAGUCUUCCCUGCAACUGUCCGCUGCAUUACGUGCCCGUUUGUGCGCGGAACGGGAUGACCUACCCGUCGGCGUGUAUCGCCAAGUGUUCUGGCAUUCAAGAUGGGGAUAUUGAGUUUGGGCCGUGCCGGGCGAGGGAUCCUUGCGAGGGCGUGGACUGUGGCCCGCUGGCGCUGUGCAUUCCGGACAGGAACAUCUGUCUGUCCAGUAUGCACAAACCGUGUCCCCAGCAUCGGUGUGUGAGCCUCGCUUCCGCCAACUGCUCCGUCAUCACGUCGAUCCGCGACACCAACCUCAACUUUUACUCCACGGUGUGCGACCUGGUCAAAUCCAGCGGCCUGUACGCGUACCAGGACAAGUACUUCAAGGGAUGCGAAACGUCACGCAAGCACAGCCAGGUGUGCGGCGUCAACGGAAUCACGUACCGCAGCGAGUGCGAGGCCUGGAGCGACUACUCGACGGUGGACUACUUCGGACCGUGCCAGGAGAUUGGCGUGAUUGGCUCUACGCUGGAGGCGCAAUGCAAUUCGAUCAAGUGUCCCAGGUGGAAGGCCCACGAGUGCAAUCUGGUGCUUCCGCCGGGGGCGUGCUGUCCCGUUUGUGGAACGGCGCUAAGGAUUGUGUUUUCGAGGAAGCAGGUCGAUCGAGCAUUGUACGCGUUGAAGGGGAACGACACGGAGAACUUGACGUUGAAGUCGAUUCUGAGGUCGCUGGAGCGGUUGCUACAGACGGUGGAAUGUCGAUUGAGUGGUCAGUUGACCUUUGAAAACGACAUCUACGUGAUUGUUGAGAAUCUCAGUAGGCAUCCGAACGCGCUGCAGGCGGAGAUUUGCACGAGGGAGGCGGAAAAGUUGGUUACUUUGAUUAGAACUCAGAGCCAUAGGAUUACGAGUGAGCUGAAUCUGAGUGCGCUCAUCGUGGCCAACUUGGUGACGUUGAACGUCGAUAGUGGGGCUGCUUGGAUAGGUUUGAAGUUGGGAUGUUAUUUGGUGGGACUUUUAAUUUGUGUUAGUUUUAGAGAGAGAUUACAUUGAAUACUCAAAGUGCCAUAACGCAAUUUUAAACUCUAAUGAAGACUGUGAUAUUUGUAGGCGUUUCGAAGAACCAAAGCAAAAAUAGACAAUUCGCAAUAAAACUCUAGUCGUGAGAUGUUGUUACACUAAUGUUUACUAA